UUGUCAAAAAAUGGUCCUGAAACUUCAGGCCCUGGGGAACCUGGACCCGGACUCACUGCCCUCUGCUCGGCCGGAGACUGUCCCUGUGAAGGCUGCAGUGUCAACUGAAACGAUGCAGUCCCUGCCCAUGGAAGUGGGAAGCAGCAGCAGCAGCUCAGCCCCCAGCGACACGUCUGGCUCGGUGGUGCAGGUGUGCUUCCCCAGCGCUCAGGCCUCGGUGCUGGACAGUCUGAACCGGCAGAGAGAGGACGGCAGGCUCUGUGACCUCUCCAUCCACGUCCAGGGACAUGUGUUCAAAGCCCACCGCUGCGUCCUGGCCGCCUCCUCACCAUACUUCCAUGACCAGGUACUACUGAAGAACAUGUCUACAGUCUCCAUCCCGGCGGUGAUGGACCCGCUGGCCUUUGAGAGCGUGCUGAGCUGCGCCUACACCGGUCAGCUCCGGAUGCUGCGGGAGGACAUCGUUAACUACCUCACGGUGGGCAGCGUCCUGCAGAUGUGGCACAUCGUAGACAAAUGCACCGAGCUGCUGAAGGAGGGCCGGGCUGGAGGAGGGAGCAGUGGAGGAGGCGUCGUGCAGGACGUAGCCAGUGUCGGAGGAGGCGAAGGUUCGGCUAACCUCGGGUGUAGCAGCAGCAACGGUGAUGGUGGUGCAGGUGGCGGUAAUGGAGCUGGUAGUGAUGGUGGUGUUGGUGGUGGUCAGGCCCAGGUCGUAGGGUCCAACGAGCCCCAGCGGUCCUCCCAACCUCCCAGCCGCCCGUCAGUGAGCGAGAGCCAGUCUCCCAGCAGCACCAACUACUUCAGCCCCAGGGACGGGAGCGGCUUUGGGACGGGUGCAGCCGCAGCCGGGGCUUCGGCGGACGGAGGCGGGGCUAGCAACACCCCCAGCUACUGCACCCCAUCGGGAGGAGAGGAAGCCUUCCUCAUUGAGGAAGAGGAGGAGGAAGUGGAGGAGGAAGAGGAGGAAGUGUUGUACCACCAGAGGAAGAGAGGAAGAGGGGGAGGCAGUGGGAGGAGGAAGAAAAUGAGCUCAGUGUCAGAGCAGGAAGUUGGAGUCAGUGACAGCUUUGGCGUGUCGUCCUAUCAGGAUGGGGAUGACUCAGCCUUGCCGCCGCAGAAGCGUCCCACCUACAGCCAGCCCAGCAUCAUGCCUCGUAAACAAUGGGUGGUCGUGAAAACCGAACGCAUGGAGGACGACGACCUCAUCGUAGUGUCCGGGGAGGAGGGAGGAGAAGACGAGGAGGAUGAAGAUGAGAGAGAGAUGGAGCUGGCCAGAGAGAGGGAGAGAAGUGACUUCAACAUCUCCAACGUGAGGAGCCUCUCAGCAGAGCUGGGGGGCAGAGCUGAGAACGACAUGGACUCGCAGGUGGACUACUGCCAGUCUUCAGAAGACUACCUCAAGUUUGAAGGCAGUUUAAUGGACCAGACUUUAGCUCAGCACCUUCAUGACAGUGCAGCAGGUCAGAGUCAGAGCGCUAACCGUGCCGUUUCAGCGCUGCUGGGCCAGGUUCAGUCUGCAGCCACGGCCCGGGCCCAGCUCUUCCCCCUGGACAUGCAGGGGAACCAGAUCCUCCUCUACAGCCAGGCCUCCGGACUCUCUCUGGACGCUGCCGCCCCUCCCCUGGGGAUGGCAGGUGGUAUGAUCGGAGGAGCGUCUUUUAAAGGUCCCAGUCUGGAGCACGGAGCGGUCCACCUGUCGGUGCAGAGCAGUUUGGGCGUUGAUGGCAUGGACAGUGGGGGGGUUGGAGGUGGAAGUGGGAGUGGUGGCAGUAACGGCAACACGGGGGGUUCAGGAAAAGUGUUUAUGUGCCACUGUGGUAAGACCUUCACCCACAAGAGCAUGAGGGACCGCCACAUUAACAUGCACCUGGACCUGAGGCCCUUCCACUGCCCCGUCUGUGCCAAGAAGUUCAAGAUGAAGCAUCACCUCACAGAGCACAUGAAGACGCACACCGGCCUCAAGCCGUACGACUGCCUCGGCUGCGGCAAGAAGUUCAUGUGGCGCGACAGCUUCAUGAGGCACCGCUCGCACUGCGAGAGGCGCAGCGGGCUGGGAGACAGCGGCGAAGGCGGGAGUGGCGGCGAGGGAGGGAGAAGAGGAGGAGGUGAGGAUGGGCCAGAUUUGAUUUCCUCCCCUCACCUCCUCCUGUCUGCGGGUGAGGGAGGACAGGGCGGUAUUCUGGGAGGAGGAGGCAGAGGAGGAGUGUCGGUUUCUUCUCCACAUCUGUCCGGCUCGGUUCUGUCGCCGCAGCACGCCGGCGUCUCAGCCACAGGAAGUAGUAGCAGUAACGGCAGCAGUGCUGCUCUGAGCAACAACGUGGCUGCAGGGGUCGGGUCUCAGAGUCUGGGUCUGGGUCAGGGUCAGGGGUCAGGGAUGUUUGGCGGUCUAGGGUUGGGUCGAAGCGUGUGCGACGAAGACGUGUGUGAAGUCAGUGCCAAUGAUAGUAGCGUGACUUAAACCAAAACUGUGUCCAGCGGGUGCCUCUUUCCAGAACUGUCAAGCUUCUGGUUCCUGCUGCUGAUUUAACGACAUAGUAAACUUUUAACUGCCAAAUCGCAGCGUUCCAAGCAGGAAGUGCGUGCUUUGUCACAAGUGGGGGGGGAAAAGGCGAGGCUCCCGUUGGACACACAACCUGAAGAACCUGUCAGUGUUUAUAGAAAAAUGGAACUGUGAGAUUCCAGUCGACUGUUGUGCCGUGAAGUUUCUCAAAUAGACUUGUGGUCGUGCCGAUGCCAUCUUAAAUUAUCCUCAAUUCUCGUACCGCAAAGACUAUAGGGAACUCGCCUCCGAAAAGUGGCCUCAUUAAAAACGGACCUUUUGUCUCAGUGAGUAAGCUAUCGUUUUAAAUAUCCGAGAGGUUACUAAAGUUUAUUUUUUUGGUUUUGUGUCGAGAGGAAACCAAAAAUGAAAAGACAGUGCUUCACUAAACUGUUACCUUCCGUGGCAACAUUAUAGUAUCAGUAGAGUAGAAAAAUGGCUGUUCUAAAUUGCUGUGAUUUUCUGCAGUGUUGUAUUGUUUCACUGUCAUAUGAUUUAAAUGAAAAAUGAAAAAACCCACAAAUCUGCAGGAGAAAACUUUAUUCAGAAUUCAACUAAGAAGAGAAGAAGUUGUAGAUUUGUCUGCUUUUUUCCUGACAGCAGCAGCGGGGCAUCUUUUCCUCAGUGUCCCAUGCAACAAGCACUGCCGUGUUGUUUUAAGUGAUACUGCGGCCUGCUGCUUUGCUUGAAGCCCAUUCUGGAUUACAGGAAAAGGCACAAUCAUGCAUCCUCAUCGCCCCGAUAGGUCCCAGACACGUGCCCGGGGAGGGAUAAUUACCCGACAGCUUAUUUAUUCGUCUCUACCAGCCGGUGAGCUCCAGCCUCGUUCUGAUCAGUCUUUCCAAACUUAAUGUUUGGUUGUUGAAGCAGCAGAAGUCUGAGAUGAAGUUGUCGGCCUCUUUUCCAUCACCGUCCAGGUCUACAGAAACAUCAACGCUACCUGUAACAGAUGAGUUCAAAGCUACUCAGCAGUGGAAGCCCUGCUGCUUUCAGUUGUGCUGCUGUUACCUGCUUUCACUUUCUUGUUGUUCACAGAGUUCUCACGCUUUGAGAAGUAUAUUAUCAGUGUAAAUAUAUAGAAAUAUAUGUCGUUUACUCCUCAGACCUGGAACAAAUACUAACUUGUCAUACUGAUGCGUUUGCUGCUGUCUGGUCUGCUUUGGAAGGAGUUAAUGUUCCCCAAAAAUCAUCUUAAACUGCAGUGCGUCUCUUUAAUACUGUUCAAUUCAGUAAAGAGCAUUAAAACCAAGCAAUGGUAGAUGGUGGUCUUACCUAAGCUAUACAGUGUAUAGUGUGUUUACAAGCGUACCUCCUCUGAAUGGUUGACCAAGUAGAUCUGAAUCAAGUUAUGGACCCAAAUGAAAAUAAACCUCCUUUUUCAGUAAUUUAAAUAUUUCUUUAAUUCUUUUACGUUAUAGAUGUGCUCAUGAGGAGUGCGACACGUUUCAUUUUCUUCUUUGUGGGGAAUUCUUCUUAUUCUGAGUCUGGAUUCCAGUAUUUUCCGCUGCUGGAUUUUCUUCCCGCAAUAUUUUGGAAAGCAUCAUUGAAUCCUAGAGGUCCUGACCUCCCAAAAGUCUGUAAAUGUAGAGAGAAAUUUUGUCUCUUCAAUGACAGUAGAAGUACAGUGAGCAGCGAUUCCCUCUCUAGUCGUAUGUAUCCGCAGUGGUUUUGUUCUGACACCAGGUCCCGGUUUGGUCCUGGAUAUCAGUGUGGUGAUUAGUUUUCUGAGAAGUGCAGAUUGAUAGAUGAAGACUUCAAGUAGAGUAAAACCAGGACAGCAAUAUCUGGAUUUCACUUUUUGGAAUUACCCGAAGAAAACUUUUAUUCCAGGAAAAUGCAAAUAUCGGACAAACGUCCUGAAUUUUAUACAAACCUGAUUCCAAAAAAGUUUAAGCAGAAAACAUAAAUAAUAAUAAUUUGAAAUUUGAAAAUAUUCACUGGCAAUUGUGAUAAUGUUAUUUUAAAAAGCAGCAUCAGGCAGAAGGAAAUACUAAACAUUUUGCAGUUGCAGGCAUUUUUCUCUACAUUUGCAUUGCUGAGUCACACCUUUGGACACUAGUCAUCAUUUUAGACUAACUUAAUCUGAUAAUAAUAAUAAUCAUAUUCACAAUAAUAGAAACCCUUGUAAUAUUAGCCAUGUUUUACUACCAUUGAAUACAUAUUUGGAGAGCGGCAGAUUGUGUUAGUUACUUUUGGGAUCUCUGCACUUAAAGUUCAUCAUCGUUCACUCACAGUAAAACAAAAAUUAAGUUGUUCUAAUUGAAACACAGGUCAGUUUGUUUCCUUUGAACCUCACAGCUCUGAAACCUCAUAUUCUGCUCUGGUCCUCGCUGUGGUUAAAAUACACUGUGCUAUGUGAUGCGUUUAGGGACCAUACUGAACAUGUACUGUUACAACUACUAAUAACACACACUGACCGGUGUAUGGUGCACACUAUAAAUAAUUCUUGCCUUUGUUUUUUCCAUUAAAACACAGAGUUGGUUAUGUUUGCAAAGGAAGUUGUUUGCCAACAUUUUUUUACAGCACGUUUACUCACUCUCUCACCAAUUAUUCCUGGUUGUAAAAGUUUGAUCUUAAAGUGGAAACGACCCAAGUCCUAGUUACAUGAUUUAAAGCAAAUGCGUGGGAAUAAAACCACAUUGUUCGCGCCGUGGAAUUCAUUAGUGUCUUGUCCUGGGAAACUUUAAGCAUCGACAACGACAACAGUUUAACCACCAUUUAAUGUAAGUACACUUCAUCACUAGAAUAGUGUCACUGGUGAAACUACACAAAAAUCAAGAAAACAUUUGACUUAUAGUCCACUGUGUCUUCUUCUUCUAAUUCUUCUUCUACUACUACUACUACUACUUCGUUGUCGUUGUCUUCUUCGUCUUCUUUUUCGUCGAUGGCCUCUUUUUCUUCAUCUUCCUCGCCGUUUAGCUUUUACUUCAUCCUCUGUGUCGUCUGCUUUGUUUAACUAAGUACUUUUGAUCACAUAUUUAUUUUUUAGUGAUGUGCUGUGAGUCUUAUUCAGGUGUAACCUAAAUGUAAACACGCAGCCCACUUUAAAAGACAGCCAGUGGAGUUCAGCAACAGUGGUACAGAACAGAGUUUUGUAGAAGAUAAAACUGUCAUUAUUUGCGAAAAAGCAGUCAAACGGCUUUAAUUUAAAGUUUAAUCAGUAUUCGCUGUCAGUGGUGUGCCCCCUUGUGGCCACAGUUGGUACUGUGACUAAGAGAUGAAGCUUAUAUGAUAACCGUGUGUGUUUAUGAAGGUUUGUAGCUGUAUUUUUUGUUUCCCUCCUAUGUCUAACAUACGUUAACUAAACCAAACAGUGUAGAAAAUAUCCUUCAGUGUGCCAGUGUAGCUACAGCACAGGGCAACCAGCGGUGGAAGAAAUAUUACACAUAACCUCUUAAACAUUUUGCAUGCCUUCAGAGAUGUUUUACAUUUGCAGUUGCACAGAGCAAAGAGAUGUAGGAUCUGAAUGUUUUACCUUCUGUGAAGGACCAGUUUGGAUAUUUUCAUAUGCAGGCUUGGAGUUUGGUAGAGGUGAAAGGACUGCUGGCUUUCGUAUGUGCUCAGUGUGGCCUCCAGUGUUUCCUCCGUGACUCUGCUUCAGUGGUUUGUGGGUUAUUUUGGUUUCACAUUUGUUCCUGCUUGUUUACUCCGCUGCUGAACAGCCACGGAUAAAACGCCGGGUGAUUGUAAGAGCAGAAUGUGUGAGACAAGUAAAAUAGUGAUCUGAUGCUUCUCGUAUGUGUGGAGUUAAAGACAUUUGAAGUGAGUAUACCCUCCAAAGCGUUUGAACAUGCAUACAGGUAACUUUCACUGAGAGUGAAUGUACGUGAAGAAGAUGAGCGACUUUAUCUGUGUUUAUUUUCCUCAACAAACACUUGACGUGACAGAGGCUCAAUCAGAAAUAUGUGAAUUGUACUUGUUAAACCAGUCUUGCUCAUUUCUAAGCAAGGGAAGAUUGAAUAACCAAUAAGAAAAGAAGGUUUCUCCCCUUUUGUGUAACAGCCCUGAUGUUAGAUUGUGUAAUGCUCAGGCAACUACCGGUCAGAUGUAAACAGGAAUGUUAAAUUCAAGUGAAUGGCCAGCAGUUUGCACACUGAUGUGCAAAUUUACAUCACAAGAAUUUACAAUUCAAAACCAAAAACUCAACAUGUGGUCUGUACAGUGUUAAUCUUGUGGAAAGUGCAAAGACUAUGAAAAAAAUAAAAAAUAAUAAUAAAGGCUGAUAUAAUCUGAUCUGGUUAUAUCUCAUCCACAUCUCUGAAUUUAGCAUAAAGUGCCCUCAAAUUUCAAAAUGUCCAGGAAGUGUCUCUUAAAAGACUUAAAUAAUGACAACAAACUUCUGUCAUUUGUUUAAGGAGCCCGAAACACCUUGUUAUUUCACUGCCUUUUGGAAGAUUAACAUGAUGGGCGCUUAGUGCGCUGUUACAUCUCCUGCAGCUUCAUCAACACACUGAACUGUUUUCUCUCUCACCACCACUUAUUUGCACGAGUGAUAGACGAGCUUAACAUUCCUUGAAGAGACAGUAAAGAUGGACGCAUCAGUGUGGAAAGCUGCUGAAAACUGGACUGACUUAUUAUUUUCAUACAUUCCACAAACUAUGUGACACGACUUCUCACAUGUCUUCUGACUGACCAGUUGAUUGUUGAACAGAAAAUUGUCAAGAGACAUUUUUAUGUAAAUCCUGAGUGGUACUAAUAAUGUAAUAAAGUACAGCACAUCAAUAUUCACCUCUGCCCUGUAUCAAAAUAAUGGAUUAAUAAAUUAUUUGGUGCGAAUAAUGUGUGUGUUUAAUCU